ACAUAAAGCCCUAAUCUGCAGCACCACUGACCCGGGCUCGCUCACACAAACCUGUGGACAUGUCUAGUAAGAAAGCAGCAGCUAAGAGGAAGAAUGCCCAGAGGGCCUCAUCCAACGUCUUCUCCAUGUUUGAGCAAUCGCAGAUUCAGGAGUUCAAAGAGGCCUUUGGCUGCAUUGAUCAGGACCGAGACGGCGUCAUUAAGAAGUCGGAUCUGAAGGAGACCUACGCACAGUUGGGGAAACUGAAUGUAAGUGAUGAGGAACUGGAGGCCAUGCUGUCUGAGGGAAAAGGACCCAUCAACUUCACUGUUUUCCUCGCUCUGUUCGGAGAAAAACUCAACGGGACUGACCCAGAGGAGACCAUCCUCAACGCCUUUAAAAUGUUUGACCCGAAUGCUACCGGGUUCAUCAAUAAGGACGAGUUCAGGCGGCUGCUGAUAACCCAGGCAGACAAAUUUACACCAGACGAGGUGGACCAGGCUUUUUCAGUGGCUCCUAUAGACGUGGCUGGGAAUAUCGACUACAAAUCACUUUGUUACAUUAUCACACACGGAGAUGAGAAAGAGGAAUCAUAAAAGAAGACCUAGAAUUGACCAUUCUGACACGUCUGCUGUUUUUAUGAAUAAACAUUCUGUAAUAUGCAUUGUUGCAUUAAUUAUGUGCAUUUGGAACGGACAGUGAAUGUAUGUGGGGUAAUAAUAAAUCUUAUUUCAAUAUUAAAUCAUCAUUAAUGAGUCCAACAGGUUUGUUUUGCAUUCUCUGAGGAUGUCAGAAUGUUUUAACUGUCAAACUGGAAAUAAAUAACCAUCAACAAUUUCA